GCUUUACCUACAUAUCGAUGUGCAGGUAGGCGAUAAUAUUGGAAGAAGGUCAGCGUGAGUUCUAAGAAGAAAUGUCGGCAGUACAGUAUUGAUUAUUUGAAAUUUGGUUUCUUCCAUCAAAGGCAGAUAAACGAUUACCGACGUGCUUUUUAUGCAACAAAAUUUUGAGCAAUGACUCUAUGAAACCAUCGAACCUCGAAGACCAUUUAAGAAGGUGACAUCCUGAUAAAAUAGGUGAAGAUUUAAAAUAUUUUCAAACAUUGAAGGAAAAAUAUGAAAAGAGACCCACCGUGCAUAGUAUGUUCGCUUCAACGUCUAAAAGUAACAAUAAUGGCUUGCGGGCAUCUUACAAUAUCUAACAGCAUACCAUCGGAAUACAGUUAAUUUUACCCGCUGUUGAAGAGGUUUUAAAAACUGUUUUGCACAUGCCUUCAUAUGACGUACUUUAAAGAAUUCAUUUAAGUAACAACACUGUACAAAGACGUAUUGAUGAAAUGAGCUCUGAUAUUUAAAGUUUCUUCUGUAAUUAUCUACAAACAACUCAUUUUUCUAUCCAACUGGACGAGUCAACUUUACUUGGUAAUGAAGCAUUAUUAUUGGCAUAUGUUCGAUUUAUUAUGGACGAAGAAAUCCAUGAAGAGCUGCUAUUCGCGAAAUUACUUAGAGACGGACACUAAAGGCGAAUUAAUAUUUAAGCUAGUGGGUGAUUUUUUUCAGGAAAAAUCGAUUUCAUUUACAAACAUCAUUUCGGUGGCAACAGAUGGAGCUCCUGCCAUGGUCGGACGUUAACGUGGGUUUAUAAGCCAUCUUAAAAGAAUAAUACCAGGAGUAACCGCAAUAUACUGUGUCAUCCACCGACAACACCAGUAGCGAAAAUUUUGUGUAAUAGAUUGCAUCAAUCAUUGCAACUUGUGAUUAAAGCUGUUAAUAAAAUAAAAAGCAGUGCGUUGAAUACUCGUUUAUUUGCCCAAUUGUGCGACGAAACAGAUGAAGACUUCCAACGAUUGCUUUUGGAACGCUGAUUGUCGAAAGGUGCGUGUUUAACAAGGUUUACUUACUUUUUGAAUCAGUUUUAGAGUUUCUGGAAAGUAAAGAUCCAGAUUAAGUUACAAGGGGAUAGCCUAAGUUUGAUAAAAACAAAGUGUGUAAUUUCGGCUUUUCUUGGAAAAUUUAAAUUUAUGAAGCAAAAUAUUAGUCGGCGUGAAUUCUCACAGUUUCCAAACUUGUCACAUACAGCAUGUCUUGAUGAAGAUAUUCAGACAUACAUUCAACAUUUAAAUGCGCUGCAUGAUGACAAAAACAUAUUUGAAGAUAUUUUGAUGAUGGAAAUACCACCAUGGAUUAUAAAUCCAUUUGAUGAAACGGAAGUGGUGGAUGUGGUAUUACAAGAGGAACUACUUGAGCUCAGCUCCAAUGAAGAGCUGAAGGUGCAAUUUAAAAACGGCUAUCAAAGAUUUUGGCUGCAGUCCGAAAUACCCGAAAAAUAUCCAGGGCUGUGGGAAUUUGUGAGAAAACUUUUGAUAGCGUUUCCCUCGUCAUACCAUGUCGAAAAAAGUUUUAGUGUCGUUACAAACCUAUUAACAAAAAAGGAAGAAGAUAAAACAUUACAGAACGGGGAUAUUUGCUGUUAAUCCUUACUCAAAACUGAAGCCAAAUAUUGAUAAUUUGCUGUCUAUCCAUCAAGUACAUCCCUCCCAUUAAAAUUAUGGGUAUUUUUUAUUAUUGAUUUGCAUUGUUGAAGUUACGUAACGUUAUUAGUGUUUCAUUUUAAUUCUAUUAAGUCUGUUAUCAUUAUUAUUUGAAUGAAUAAAUCGC